CGUGCAAUCAAUUCAUUACUGGCCGCAGUUCGGUAACAGAUACAUAGCGAACUCUGUAGCUACAUAACCUGGAAUAACUUUUUUCAAUUAAAACUACAAUGAAUAUUGAAAUAGUUUUUGUGAAAUAAAGUAUCCUUACUAUAUAACGUUUUGUUCAGUUAGCAUUAUUUAUUUAUAAAAAAUGGAAGAUAUUGCUUCACCAAAGGUUGAUGCAGAGUUAAACAAAUCUGAGUAUAACUCUCUCAGGUCUUCAUUUGCUCAAAUAAGCACGAUUAUCGUGCAAAAUGUGAUUAUGCUUGGAUUUGGCAUGUCUCUCGCCAUACCCACAGUUGUCAUCGGAUCAUUAUUAUCAACUAAUGAUGAAAAGGAUAGUGAUAACGCUGUUAUAUUAUCUGCGAGAGAAGCAUCAUGGUACGGUAGUGUAUUAUUAGUUUGCCAUCCCACAGGCGGCCUGCUAUCGGGUCUGCUACAAGAAAUCAUUGGUCGCAAGUGGUGCAUGGCCGCCGUUAGUGUUCCUCAGCUAAUAGGCUGGUACGUACUAUGGAAAGCCACUACGCCGUUUGAUUUGUACAUAUCGUGUGUAGCACUAGGACUUAGCAUGGGCUUAAGCGAAGCGCCAAUUCUUACAUAUGUCGGCGAAACCAUCGAGCCCAAACUAAGAGGGCCGUUGUCAUCAGUGUCCACAUUUACCAUCAUGUUGGGCUCUUUUAUAGCUUAUCUGAUGUCCACAAACAUCCAAUGGCGAACCAUAGCAAUGCUUAAUAUGUCAGUACCAAUUAUUUCCUUCGUCGCUAUUACCUUACUGACAACUGAAUCUCCAAUUUGGUUAUUAUCGAGAAAUAGAUCCAGUGAAGCAAAAAAGUCGUUGGCUUAUCUAAGAGGCUGUGUGAAUACAGAUGAAGUAGAAGAAGAAUUCUCUGACAUGUCCAUGUACGCGGGGUACAAUAAGUGUGCAGACCCAGAAGCAUAUGGUGACUGCGGUUGCGAUCAAAGACGGCUAUCUUAUGUAAAGUACUUGCAGAUUAACACGACUGAUGAUGCAACCAUUGGAGAUCCAAACUACGAAAUAAAAAAAAUUAUAUCAUGGACGGACGCAUUAAAACAAAUCUGGUCUUCAGAACUCAACCGGCCAUUCAUAUUCAUCAUGCUAUUCUUUUUCUUUUGGAACUUUGCAACAUUCAUUCCUGCCAAACCUUAUUUGAUUUCCGUCUUCGAAGAAAUUGGAUUACCAUGUCGUGCUCACUGGACUUUGGUUUAUACGUCAAUUUUAACACUGAUCGGAACACUUCUAAAUGUCUUUACUGUUGCUAAGUUUGGCAAACGUUCAAUAACCUUAAUGUCCAUGACUCUUUGUGCACUUUCGAUGUUGGGCAUCGGAUUUUAUAUGAUAACAGUCAAGUAUUUCUCUUUUGAGAACUCGUGGAUACCUAUGAUACUACUGAACACAUUGUUCUUCUUUUCCGGUUAUGGCGUUUUCCCUAUGCCAUGGAUGUUGGUUAGCGAAAUAUAUCCAACCAAAGGUCGUGGAAUUGCUAGUGGACUGACAGCAGCGAUGGCAUUCUUGAUGUCGUUUGUAUUCACCAAAACAUUUUUAGAUUCACAAGCUUGGCUUACUUUACCAGGACUCUUUGUUGCUUAUGGUGCAAUUACUCUAAUAGGAACACUGUAUUUAUAUGCUUGUAUGCCAGAAACCGAAAACAAGACUUUGCAGGAAAUAGAGAAAUUUUUUAUUGGAGACUUGGACAGUCGAGAUAACGAAUAAUUUAUUUAGAAAAUAUUGAUUUUUUUAUUUAUCAAUUUAUUUAUUUAUUUAACACUAACACAUACAAUUGAAAUAUUACAAGUAUACAAACUAAUUAAUAAUUAGUUCGUAUAAAUGUUGAUAAACACGCAAUGUAUGUGUUGGAAAACGGUAUUCCUAAUAGUUAUAGUUUUAAUUUAUUUUUGCAUUUACUUUCCCAAACGGAUUGAGUUAUUUAUUCAUAAAUUAACAUCUAUACUAUAAAGAUAUUAUUAGUUAGACAAAUAUUUAAAAACUUGUGCAUUAUUAUUGUAAGAAUAUUGUACAUAUUUUUUCAAGUCGAAAUUUGAACUCUGUGAUAAAUGAAUGUGUACUUAUGUAUAUAGAUUAUAAAGAUUCAUUUUUUUACAUUAAAUGUACCCAGUGGCAGUCAAAUGAUUUUUAGUGGGAGGGGAUGAAAAAUCUUUACAAAAAUAGUAUCCCACUGAAUUAACACACGCAUAGAUAACCACCAAAAUUAGAAUCAAACAUUCGAUAUUUAUGAAAUACACUUUUCAUAUUAUUAUGUUCAAUAAAUGUUUAAUUUAACUAUUAUAUUCAUAUAGUGUCCAAAAUAAUGUAAUUUUUCUUUAUAAAUUGGUCAAAAAUAUCAACAAAGGAGGGGAUCCAUCCCACUAAACCUCUCUCGUUUGACCGCCACUGACUAUACUAAGAAUGCGGUAGCUUCUUUAAUACUCAUUUACUAUGUAUAAAAUUAUUAUCUGUGUAAAAUGUGCUACACCGCAAAUAAUUAUACGCACAAAAAACUAAAAUCAAAAUUCGUAUUAAGAAUAUAUAUUUUAUCCGUAUGUGAUAUAAUUUCAUUAGUAUAUUAGUACAACACAUUCCAUAGUAACAAAAGAUUAAAUAAUGAAUCUCAUAACGGAUAACGUCACUGAUAAAAUUGUACAGUAAUUAGGAAACGCAAGUUGAGACUCCGGUAAAUGAUUCAUUAAAUUCACAGAUAAAAAAGUAUAUACCUAUUUUCCGAUCUAACGUGACGUCAAGGUUUUUUAUAUUUGAAGUAUGACUUUUAGUACAUAAUUUUUCUAAAUGGUAUUCACAAAUCGUCAGCAUUUACGUCUAUUUUCGCUG